GAGUCUCUCCGGUCGAGCCACAGAGCUUCAGUCUCUUAUUCAUAAGGAAUAAUAUUUUGCAUAAGAACCCUGCUGAGGGGAGGGAAUAGAGAACAAAGCAACAACAAAAACUGGACUCAGAGAUGUCAGGACUCCCCACAAGCCUUGGGAAUAACGGUGACAAGGCAAUGUUGUUCUUCCUCUUGUUCUUGUUGCUGUCCUCCCUGGUGGCUUUGUACGCAGAAUACUCUGGGCAUCACAGUUUGAUCAUAUAUGUGACGUUCGCUCCUGGACAUCAAUAUUUACCUAAAUACUCAUCCUAUGGGAUGCUUGAUGAUUACAGAGUAUUUACUUAUGAGAGCACCUCUGAUGUAUUUUCACAUCCCUUUGGCCAACUGGAAUCUCUGUCCACUGUCUGGAGAGAUCUUAGGGAUUGCACAAACUUUAAAACAGGCUAUUUCAACCUGUUUUCAAGAUAUGCAAAUUUAACCUUGGGGUUGAAAAGUCCACUCUUGCAGUUAAUGUAUGGCUGUCAGCUGAGCCAUAAUGGAACGUCAAGUGGACUGUAUCAUUUUUCAGUCAAUGGAGAGUAUAGUCUUUCUAUGGAUAUGGACAGCCCUCAAUGGUACUCAUACUUGCCACAAGAUCUGGACAUUAAAAACAUUCUAGACAGGUUUGAUCUCUGGAAUCACAAUAAUCUUAUAUACAUUCAUCGUGAUUGUGUUCCUCGACUCAAGAAGUUCUAUGAACUCAGUAGAACAAUACUUGACCAGAAAGUUCGCCCUGAAGCUGUGAUCAGGCACAAGCGUGCUGGAACACUUAACUGUGUGGUGACGGGGUUUUACCCUAAAGAUAUCACUGUGGAGUGGAUGGUUAAUGGACAGCCAGCCUUAGAUGGGAUAUCAACAGGCUUCCUGCCAAAUCAUGACCAAACAUACCAAAUUCAGGUGGCAAUUCUGUUAUCUGACACUACACACAACUACUCCUGUCAAAUAAUGCACAGCAGUCUUCAAGAACCGAUGGUCUUUGCAUGGGAUGCUUCCUCAAGUAUGACUGAGGAAAAAAUGUCUCUGCACAUUGGUUUUAUUGCAGGACUUAUCGCAGUGUUUACACUAAUAGUAGCUCUUAUGUGUUUCAUAUUGAAGCGUGUAAUUUGUAAAAAAAAUGUGUAUUUGUAAUAUAAUUGAACAUUUUAUUUUUUUAUUAUAUUAUAUAUUACUUUCUUUCACUGUCAUCCUUAACUCCUAUAAAUAAAUAUGAUAUUUAUAUGAUAAACAUAUAUAAUUUUUUUAUUUUCUAAUUUAUUAUAUAGUUUUGCACUUUAUUAUGUUAUUUGAGACUGUCCUUGAUAUAUUUACGUAAAAAAAGAAAAUGAGAUCUUAUUAGAUUUUACAUGUGAAUCACUGAAUUACAUAUUUAGAUUCACCAAGACAAAUGAGAUGUUAUGUUGAACUUAAUUUUAUGUUUUGACACACAUUAUCCAAUAAAUAAAGAUUAGGUUAAGAUUUCAUUAAGAUUAAAGGGAUAGUUCACCCAAAAAUGAA